AUGUUCUGGGAUUGGGUACCUCGGCUUCUUCCCGAAGACCAGGCGGGGAAAAACAAAGCAUUGAGGUUGAAAAUCACAGUCAAGUACGGCUAUAUCACGUUUGCUGUCACCAUGAUUCUUGUUCUACUGAUUCCCUACUAUAAUCAAAUAGCAAAACCUAUUACAUGGAAAAUAUACAGGAAAAUCGUUCGCAGAAUCAAAAUCCUCCGUUUCAGAAACAACUACUUCACGCUCCAUCUGGAAGUGAUAAAAACCAUUCUGUUUUGGACCAUUGUUCUCGGUCUUCUGUCAGCACUUGAACUGCAUUCCGACAUUCAAUUUUUGGCCGCUAGAGUAGGACGUGUGGCAACAUACUGUCUACCCACAGUCCUGUUCUUAACACUUCGCCCAUCGCCUUUACCGGAUACGUUAUACCUCACCUUGCUGCCAAUACAUAAAUGGCUUUCUCGUAUACUGAUUGUCCAAAGCAUAGUUCACACGAUAUUGUACAUCUGGAUUUUUUGGCAACGCAACACUAUGUCAAAAAUCCGGAAACGCGACAAUCUCUAUGGCAUCUACGCACUUGUUUGUUUCAUCCUACUUUUGGUCACCUCGUUGCCCAAAAUGAGGCGGAGGUUUUACAAGGUAUUCUUUGGAUUUCAUUACGUUUGCACUUGGACGGCAGUACUGUUCCUGUACGUUCAUGUCAGACCACCUAUUCCAUACCUGACUGCCAUCAAUGCCGCAAUCUUGGUGUACCAAAUUUACUUCAAAUUUAGGAUCUCCAAAGUUUCCUCCAUUGAGGUGACCCAACUUUCUGCAAAUCUGCUGCUUGUGACUUUCCCUGGAUCAGCACUGGCAGUGAAGUCAAUAAUGCCGGGUUGCCAUUUGAGAAUGAAUGAGUUUGACAACUCUAACUAUCUGAAACAAAUCUGGCGACACUUUUUGGUGCCAGUUCAACAUCCUUUCACGAUUGCAACCCUACCAUCUGACGAAAAACAGAUGAUGAUCAUCCGAAAAGGACGCUUCGAUUUGUCGUCCGAAAAGAAAUAUCUCAUCACAGGGGCAUAUCUACCUCAUUUGAGCUUCUUGAAGCCAAUGAAAAAUGCUAAUCCACGUUCGCUCCUCUUCCAUACUAAAGUCAAAAAAUGCUUAAUAGUUGUUGGCGGAUCUGCAAUCAGUUUUGCUCUCCCAAUUUUGAGGACACUUAGUUAUAAUGGAGCCGCCGUGAAGAUAAUUUGGGUUCUCAGGGAUCAUGAAGACCUCAAAAUCUUAGACUACUUUCAAAAUAUACUAGUCAACGACGACUGCAUUGAUAUUUUCAUCACCGGCUCCUAUAGUCAAUCGGAGAUUUAUAGUUUCAAAAGAGCGAUAAGAGAACUUCAUCGUCUCAAUAGGCAGACAGAGCUUUCAAACCAGGAACAGGUACUCAAUGGAACGUUCUCUCCGCAGUACCAUGAAAAGUCACCUCUGAUGCAGUCCAAGGUAAACUAUCAAGCAAUGGCUAGUGAAUUCGACCCUAAUAUUGCUCACGAAAGUUCAGCGCAGAAAAACAGGGCUGUAUACAUCCCUCUUCGCCAUCACGCUGAGAUACUCAAAUCUAGAUACUCUGCUGAGGAUGAAGACAAGUUUGAAAAUGUCGAUUUGGAUCUAGAUGGUAAGUGCAGAAACCCCGAACCAAACGUUCCUAGAAGCUCCUCGCUGUAUUCAGGAAUCCUUGACACCCCUGCGGAAUCUGCCCAACAACGUGACUCCUUCAGCUUGCGUUACUCAUCCUCUUCUGGUAUCUAUGAUGAUUUGGCCGAUUACUGGAUUCUCAAGGGUUUAGCUUGUCGGAUUGAAUUUGGAAGGCCAAAAUUGGGAAUUCAUUACUACAAUUGGUGCACUGGCUCUUCGUGUAUUGGCCCAUUGAUAGACAUACACAACGGCCAGUCAGUGUGUUGCAAUGAAAUUACAAUUGAAAACAAAAGCCAGAAAUUACACUAUCAAAAGAGUGAUGGUCAUAUGUUGGGCUCGGAUGCGCAAGACGAGCUUUUCCUUAAUGAGCAAUUCGUAAAAAACAGACAACAGAGAUUCCAAGAAAGAGGAGGAGAACUGGAUGAGUCUACAUGGGUUAUUGGUGCAGGUCCUAUUGGUCUUGUGAACAGAGUCCAACUUUGGGCUAAUGAUUGCGGUUUCAAUUUCCACGCAGAGAGCUUCAGUGUCUAGCCCCCCGCAAGAGUUCCACUUUGGGAAAAACGGUUUUUAUUGCACCGCCUUUUCUAAAUGUGCUCCGUAAAAUAAUUGAAUUAACGCUAACGC